CCCGAUCCAGGAAUUGCUUUACUAACCGUCUAACCCUUCCUCUCCUCCUGGCAUCUUCCGCGGAGUUCCCGUUCGGAAUCCUCGCACUCGCCUACUCCGCUAUAAUUUAAAAGCUGCCUCGCCGGCAUCCGAAUCAGUUCCAGUUUCUUCUGCAGGGAUGGCCGUCGACGGCAACCGGGAUGGGCCUGCGGUUCCUUUUCUGGAGGAGGAGAUCGGCUCGUGUUCUUUAUCUCGCCAAGUCCGCCCACCCCCGAACCACGCCAGGGACGUUCACAUCUUGAGUUUGGCCUUCUUGUUCAUCUUCUCCGCCUACGGGGCCGCCCAGAAUUUGCAGAGCACCGUUAACACGGAGGAAGAUUUGGGGACGACCUCGUUGGGGAUUCUCUACCUCUCAUUCACUUUUUUCUCUGUGGUUGCUUCUCCGGUGGUCCGGGUCUUGGGGUCAAAGUUCGCGCUUGUUCUGGGCUCCACUGGCUACUUUCUAUUCAUAGCUUCCAACUUGAAACCUUCAUGGUACACAAUGGUCCCAGCAUCACUGUAUCUAGGCUUUACUGCAUCCAUUAUAUGGGUUGGUCAGGGAACAUAUCUUACAUCAGCUGCUUUUAGCCAUGCAGAAGACUGCCACUUGCAUGAAGGAACUGUAAUUGGUAACUUCAAUGGAGAAUUUUGGGGAGUGUUUGCUAGUCACCAGGUAAUUGGAAACUUGUUUUCACUUGUACUGUUGCAUGGUGGAAAGGAAGGAGACAAUCUCAGUCGCAAAAACUUAUUAUUCACUAUCUUCCUUUGUUGCACAGUGCUAGGCAUUGCACUUAUGUGCUUUCUGUCGAAAAGAAAUGACAAAGAAAGCAAUUCUUCAGCAUAUUCAUCCUUUGGAUCUGUCUUGAAAUAUGUUAUUUCCCCUCUACUUGACAAGCAAAUGCUUCUGAUCAUUCCUCUUAUUGUUUAUUCUGGCUUACAACAAGCAUUUGUGUGGGCUGAAUUUACAAACAAAGUUGUGACGCCAGCAUUAGGCAUCUCUGGUGUUGGUGGCGCUAUGGCUAUCUAUGGGGCUGCUGAUGCCAUAUGUUCACUUGUCGCUGGAAAACUUACAUCUGGUUUCUAUUCUAUCACUUUGCUUAUGUAUGGAGGAGCUUCUCUUCAUAUCAUUGUCAUCCUGUGGCUUCUUUUGGGAUACAGUCUAACAAGUGGAGUAGUUGGCUACAUAUAUCCACUUUUAAUGUCUAUUUUUUGGGGCGUUGGAAAUGGAGUGUUUAACACACAGCUAAGUGCUUUACUGGGUAUACUCUAUAAGCAUGAGAAGGAAGCGGCAUUUGCACAACUGAAGCUGUGGCAAAGUGCUGCAAUUGCUCUCAUCUUUUUCUUGAGUCCAUACUUGACGUUAGAGGCGAUGCUGAUAGGUUUGCUAGUUACCCUCUCUAUAGCGCUGCUUGCAUUCUUUUAUACCACUCUACGUACAGAUGGAAGCUAGCUUCGUUCUUGUUUCAUGAUGUGGCCCAAUGGAUUUGUUCAAAACUACGUCAUUAUCAAGUUUCUACUCAGUUUUCAUGAUAAAUUGUUGAUUGUAAAAGAUACACUACCUGUAAUUGUAUAUGAUUAUGUUGGUACUAAGGGAUCAAUUUCUGAUGGGUGCAUGUUUUAGGAAAAAUUAUCUCUUUCACCUCUUAUAGUUAAUUUGACAUUGAUUAUAAA